AUGGGGUUGAACAUUUGUGUUAGCGAUGAUCAUUUCAACAUUCGAGUCGAUAGUGACUGUCGAGCCUUCGACUUUACACUGCUUUUUGAGGAUGCAAUUUUCAAUAUUUUGCCCUCAGUCGCGCUCUUACUGUGGCUCAUUCCUCGACUGGAGAUCCUGCGACGGUCCCCCGUGAAGUCCAACUCCCUCAAAUUCGCAAUCUACAAAUCGGUAUUACUUUUUGUGCUUUCGGUGCUAUGGAUAAUCUUUAUGGUGUACCAAAUGCAAACCCCGGCGCUACGUACUAAGAUCUCCACUCCAGCAACAGCAAUCAACAUAGCCACAAGCUUCGCUGCAAUCGUGCUAUCCUUUCUCGAGGAUCAACGAACAGUCCAACCGUCUAACACGCUCAUCAUCUAUUUUUCGGCCGUAUCUAUUCUCUACCUACCUCAUCUACGCACGUUAUGGCUUAUUCCAUCCGCUAUUGUUCCUCGAGGACUAUUCACGGCCAUCUAUAUAAUAGUCAUCAUCACCGCGGUACUAGAGUCUGCUCAGAAAGUCCACUUCAUCCAGCCACUAUAUCGAAAUGUUGCCAUUGAAGAGCUUCACGGAUUCUGGGGGCGAAACCUCUUCGCCUGGGUCCUUCCUCUGUUCCGCAACGCCUAUAGAUCCAUUAUCACCCUCGACGACCUUCCAGCCAUAGACUCUACACUACUCGGACAAUACGCAGAAGCCCGCUUAGUGCAGACCUGGUCUAAGACCAAUGGGAAGUACAGGCUGAUUAAAGCGACCUUCCGAGCCUACUAUCGACUCCUUCUCUCCGCAAUUGUCCCGCGGAUUCUGCUCGCCGCAUUCACCUUUUGCCAACCCUUCUUGCUUUCCGCCACCAUCGAGUGGAUGGAUUCACCGACUACUGCGAAGAGCCAACGGUAUGGACAUGCCCUAGUCGGAGCAUACGCGCUCGUCUACACAGGAAUCGCUGUUUGCACGGCCAUCUACUACCGCCAGGCCAGCCGUUUGGCAACUACCGUCCGGUCGGGUCUUGUUGCUUUGAUUGAUGAGCAAACUCUAGCACUGCGAAGUACAACAAACUCAAAAGCUGGAGACGCGGUCGCGCUCAUGGGUACAGAUACGGCACGUAUCAUAUCGAGUGUGCGAUCAUUCCAUGAGAUAUGGGCCUCUCUUCUCUCUGUGGUCAUCGCGAUCUGGCUGCUAGAGAUUCAGGUGUAUGUCGCCUGUGUGCUCCCGGCCGUUAUUGCCAUAUUGUGCAUACUGGCCACUACCCCGGUCUCUGCCAGAUGCGCAGAGGCGCAGAAGAAGUGGGUGGAACAUAUCCAGGAACGUUUAGCGGUUACUACUACGAUGCUUGGGGAUAUGAAAGCUGUCAAGAUGAUGGGACUCGAGGUCGUCUUAUUUGAUAUCAUUACUCGGUAUCGCAAGGUCGAGCUCAUUGCCUCUAAGCGCUUUCGAAAGCUUAUUGUGGGAGUCGUCAUGUUAUCAUCUAUCUCGGUGGACCUUGCGCCAUAUGCUGUGUUUCUCUUGUAUACAAUUAUAGCUGUGACCAGACACGAUACACAGAUUCUGACUACGCAGGCAUUUACAACUCUGUCUCUUAUCUCUAUCUUGACAUCUCCUCUGAUGUUGUUCAUUCAGUCGUUGCCAACAAUGACACAGUCAAUCGGCUGCUUCGAUCGAAUUCAAAAUUAUUGCCUGCGAGAAAGAUCGUUUGAACUGAUACCAACUCAGACAAAAUCUGAAUCACCAAUCGGUGAUACUAUUGAGCUUUCCAAGGUUUCACCGGCCACGGCCCAUGGAAUAUCGGUUCCAUGCGACAAAUUGGUGUCAUUCCACAACACAUCUAUAUCUUGGACAGCCGGAACGUCUGCCGUCCUCCACGACCUGACCUUUUCCAUUCCAAAAUGUAAGAUCGUCAUGGUCGUAGGGCCGGUCGGAUGUGGGAAAUCCGCCCUUCUGGAUACAAUCAUGGGCCAGACUCAGAUUGACCGUGGGACUAUGUCCCUACGGCCAGAAAGAAUAGCCUAUUCUCCGCAGAUCCCUUGGAUUAUGAACUGCUCUAUCCAAAAUAACAUCACCGGGUGGACUGCAUUAGAUCAAGAAUGGUAUGAUCUUACAAUCUCGGCUUGUGGGCUCUUGGACGACAUCAACAAAUUCCCGCAAGGAAACAUGCACAUCGCUGGCAGUGGCGGAAUAGCACUCAGUGGCGGACAAAAACAGCGAGUGGCUCUUGCGCGCGCCGUCUACUCUCGCCUCCCGAAUGUCAUUCUGGAUGAUACCUUCAGUGGACUAGAUGCACAAAAUACUCACAUCGUUGCCGAGCGCCUGUUUGGGCGUAAUGGUAUCUUCCGACGGACAAGUGCAACCGUGAUUCUUGCGACUCAUACUCGAUCCCUGCUAUCAUAUGCGGACGAAAUAAUUCUCCUCGAAAGUGGUCGAAAGGUCCUGCAAUGCACAUACCGGGAACUUAUUGACCAGUUGCCCGAGUAUGAGGACGUCGGCAAUAACGGCACAGAUGACAAAGUGAACGAACAGUCUAACAAAGCAACAGAGCCCUUGCUGCCUGUAAAGCUUACAAGUAGCGACGGAAGGGAACCAGAGUCCACUGAGCUGAAGAAAAACUUGGCAAGGCGAGAUGGCAGCUGGUCCAUCUACAGCUACUACGCGCGUAAAGCCGGGCUUCUGCAAGUCUCUCUCUUCGCUGCCUUCUUGCUAGGAUACGCCUUCACCACCCAGUUCGCCUCAAUUUGGUUGAAAUGGUGGUCGGAUGCAAAUGAGGCGCAUCCAAAUACAAAUGUGGGAAAAUACCUCGGUGUUUAUACGGUCAUUUCUCUCUUGGCUAUUAUUUCUCUUGGAGCCGGAUGCUGGUUGUUGAUCGUCGAGAUCGUCGGCAACACUUCGCUGGCUCUUCAUUCGGACCUCUUGCAAUCUGUUCUACGUGCCCGCUUCAGUUUCUUCCAGAAGUCAGAUAGCGGAAGCAUCAUGAACCGCUUUAGCGAAGAUAUGCAGCUCAUCGAUUUUCUCCUUCCGAUAACAGCAUUAAAUUUCGUGGAAGGCAAGUUGCUGUCCCUCAUGCAUGUUCAAGGCCCCUUGACUAACAUCAAUCGUCCAGCUCUAAGCCUCGGUGUCGUCAGUAUGGUCAUACUCUGCGUGGUCGGCAAGUAUAUCACCAUAGCACUUCCAUUCGUGUUAAUUGCGAUCUGGGUCCUCCAACUAGGCUACCUUCGAACCUCCCGACAGGUUCGCCUCUUGGAUAUUGAAGCCAAGGCACUCUUAUUCUCUCACUUCCAAGAGACUGUAAGCGGACUCACGGUGAUUCAAAGCCUGCACUGGCAACCGCAGUUCCACCAGCAAUGCAUCGCCAAGCUAGAUGUCACCCAAAAGCCAUUUUAUAUGCUGUUUUGUACGCGGCAGGGGCUCAAACUGGCACUAGACCUGCUCGUCAUGAUUUUUGCAGUUGUCCUCGUUGCCAUUUUUACCGGUCUCAAAGACCGUUUCAGCGCCGGUGAGAUCGGAGUUGCGCUGAAUCUGAUCAUAUCCAUCAGUCAGAACCUGAAUACUGCCAUUGAGUCAUGGACAGAAAUGGAGAUCUCACUCGGGGCAGUGUCACGCGUUAAGGAGUUUACUGCAGCGACGCCUGCUGAACCAUCAGACGGGAUAGAGUCGGACUGGCUUACUCGCGCAGAUAUUCGCUUUGAGAAUGUCAGCGCGGGAUAUAGUGCUCGUGAUAGAUCUAUUCUCUCUGAUCUUUCAUUGCAUAUCCUCAGUGGUCAUAAGAUCGCCGUCUGCGGGCCUUCUGGCAGCGGCAAGACUUCCCUCAUCAUGAGCCUACUACGCAUGCUAGAAAUCACCCAGGGCCACAUCACCAUUGACAACGUAGACAUUUCCACAAUCAAGAUUGCUGCGCUCCGUUCACAGAUUACGGUCAUCCCACAGAGCCCAUUCUUUCUCCCCGGCACACUGUGUGAUAACUUCGACCCCGAGGGCACCGUAUCAAAAGAGCAGAUCAUCGCUGCAAUCAAGAAAGUGGGACUCUGGGAUUCAAUCCUCGCAAAAGGCGGGCUGGAUGCCAAUCUCGGCGCACUAGACUGGUCAUUUGGCGAAAAGCAACUGUUGGCACUGGCCCGGGCAUUGACUACCCCGAGCCCGUUGCUCAUCUUGGACGAAGCGACUAGUAGUGUCGACUGGGAAACCGAGAAUCGGAUGCUGGACAUUAUUGAGCAGGAGUGCGCGGCUCAAACGGUUAUUGCUGUCGUGCAUCGGUUACGGCAUAUUGAGCGCUUUGAUAGUGUGGCGCUUCUACAGAACGGAGCUGUUGUCGAGUUCGAUGCCCCGGCAGCAUUGUUGGCGCGUGAGUCGGAGUUUCGGAAGCUUUAUACGGCAUCGAAGCAAUGA